AUGUGGUCUUACCACAGUCUCUCUCUUGCCCCGCAUGAUCCGUCUGCCCUCUAUCUGGUUCACAUAUUUCACUCGAACCCUGACACCCCAUCUGUGCCACCCGAGGCGUUAUUGGCCCUACCCUGCCUCUUGAUGACUAAUUCGAGGCUCAAGCCUCUGGGUUAUUGUCAUGGUCAGGCCUUUGCCACAUGGACCACAUCUCUUAUAAAAACUACCGCCAGCCCACUGGCUCCCAUCGCCGCCGCGUCUAUCCUGUUUCUAUCUCUAAUACCAAGUCUAUGA